AAGGGAAACUUUAUCUAAAGCUUAUGACAUAUUGAACUAAUCUCCCAAUAGGUUUAUAUUACUUAGACCUCGAUUGGUUCUUUUGGCUUGUACAGUUGUCCCUUGUCCAUCAAAAAGAACGGACCGAUCGAAGUUAACUGCACUGAAAAGUAUGACAAUCACUUAUAUUACUCGUGGUCCUGAGGACGAUCAACAAAAUAACUUUAACAUCAAGGAUUUUCAAGGAGAAUAUAUUCGCAAAGCUCAGCCAACAAUGCAAAAUGUAAAUUUACCCAUGAGCAAUCCGGUUUCCAGUCGCCAUUUCAACAAGCAACUCAAUGUGGCCUCUGCAGUGUUCUUUCUGUUUGUCUAUGGAGGCAUGGACCUGGCCCACAGUGCGGGCUGGAAUCAGACCCUGAACACGACGGCCUCCCAGCAGUUCAAGUGCAGUUGGUUUAUCGGAGUUCUCGGUGGUUCCAUGCUCUCGUCGCUGCUCAUGAGCUUCCUGCCCAAGUUGCCCUUCUAUAUCCUUGGAGGACUUAUGCAGCUCACUGGCGCCAUUAUCUUCACCUGUGCUCCCUUCGAUUACGGACUGCUCCUGGCUGCCCGCUACGUGGCUGGAGCGGGAAUCGGCCUAAUCACUGUCCCGUUCCUCAUUCACAGCGCUGAGGUGGCGGCGGAUAAAUAUCGCGGAGUUAGUGGGGCAAUGGAGCAGUGUGGUCUGGCCCUGGGCAUCGCCAUUCAGGUGAUCUACGACACUCAGUGGGUGGAUGACAAGGAGGCGUCCGUCAACGAGGUCCACGGAAUCAUUGGCAUCGUAUUUUCCCUGUUGGGUCUGGGCAUGACAGCCCUCUCGAUCGAGUCGCCCAUCUUCCACUUGCGCCGCAAGCAGGAGGGGAAGGCCCGCGAAUGCCAUGAGAAACUCUUGGGAAGCUUCAAUCCCUUUGUCGACCAGGCCUUUGAGGAAGCCAGACUUUACGUUGCAGAGAGUCGGGAGAGGACCUUCUUGCAGGAACUAGUCUCCUCCGUGCUGCCCUUCAUCAAGAUGCUCUUCUACCGUGGCUUCGUUGCCUUCUCCUUCUCCCUGCCCCUGUCCGCGUCCCUCAUCUCGAGUGCCAAGCUUACCGAGGGCCAAAUUUCCUGCUGGCCAGUCACCGUGUGGGGUCUGGUACGUCUCCUCGGCGCUCUCGUCGCCCAGGGAUUCCUCGACAAGGUGGGGAGGAAGCUUUUCUCGCUGAUAGGACUGCUCUGUAUGUCCAUCCUGAUGCUGUGCAUGGCUGUGUCUUACGACGACCCUGCCAACAUCUUGGUCACCUUCUAUAUGUACCAAGUGUGGAGGCUGGGCGUUGCCUUUCAGGCCUUUGCCGGGGUCUUCGUUUGCAGCUCGUCGGUCUAUCUGGGCGAGGCCUUCCCCCUGCGCUUCAAGCCCUUCCUCGUUGGCUAUAUUGUGGGCUUUGAGCAGACGAUUCAUAUCCUCAACAUAGUGGGGUACAACAAGGGUUCCGUGGACUUCUUCUACCGCUAUUACUUGACUGUGGGAAUCAUCCUUAUGCUGGGCGUGAUAUUCUUUGCUGUUGUCAUGCCGGAGACGAAGAAACUCACCCUCCGGGAGGCUGGCAGGCGGUUCCAGCGACUAUUAAAUAUACGGUUUUUUUAAGUAAACUACCAUUGUUGGCGAAAUAAAUGAAUUAAUAACAAACUA